CUCUCGCCCGACAGCAUGACUGCAGAGCUCAAGCCGUUGCAGCCGCAAGAGCCUGAGAAAUGCUCCGAUGCGACCAAGUCAUGGAAGUGCAAGUCUGAAAUCUGCACGGAGCAGGACCCGCGACUACGUAAAAUGUGGUCCGAGCCGACGUGGGCAGGCUUCCAACUGCGCUCCAAGACCUACUUGCACAGCAAGAUGAAGGAGACCUCUGCUCCACCUCUAUUCGAGCUGCUAUGGUUUGAGGUAUUCAGUGGCACCCCUGAGGAGCUCCACCAUGUGAGCAAGUCCAAAAAGAGCUUUGCCAGUAGGGCACUAGCCAAGUAUGGCAACGACGUGCCGCCUCUGUUCGUCGUCACUCUAAUCGUGCCGGGUACUCCCGUUGUCGCCGGUGUGCAGUACUUUGCACGAACCGUUGACGCCCCACAGUCCGAGGCCAAUGCGUUGUGGCAGCGGUUCCUCCAGAGCGACGACAACUUCCGCAAGGAGCGUCUGAAACUCGUGCCUACUGUUCAUGAUGGACCGUGGCUGGUCAGGAAGAGUGUUGGAGCCAAGCCGCUCAUCAUCGCUAAAGCAUUGGAGACGUCGUUCUACCAGACGCCAGCGUAUCUUGAAGUGGUGGUCGAUAUCUGCUCCGAUCGAAUCGCCAAGCACGUGACGGCACUCUGCCGAUCCCACUCAACUCGACUGACAGUUGAUGUAGGUGAGGACGUAGGUUUUCAUUUUGUGUCGCACUCAAGUCCAUUCUCGAAACCCACGCCUUUGUCGCACCUUCACAAGACGCCAAUGAAGGCUCCCGGCAACUUGAAGCCCACUCCCUACCCAGUCAAGUCAUGGAAGUCUCAGGCUGAAAAUUGCACAACUCAGGAUCCGAAACUUCGGAAGUUGUGGUCGCAGCCGGACUGGAUGCAAUUUAAGCUGCGAUCCAAGACCUAUCUUCAAAACAAAAUCAAGGAAAUUGGCGCCCCUCCUCGUACCUCCAAGAAGAGCUUUGCGAGUAAAGCGAUCGCCAAAUUCGGCAAUGACGUGCCCCAGUUAUUCGUAGUGACACUUAUCAUCCCGGGUAGCCCUCUAGUGGCCACAGUGCAGUAUUUUGCAAGAACUAAGAGCUCUGGCUCGGAAGACCCGACGGAGGCUGAGAAGCUUUGGGAACGAUUUCUGAACAGUGACGACGCCUUCCGGAGCUCACGUUUCAAGCUGAUUCCGACCAUUGUAGAUGGUCCGUGGGUCAUUCGGAAGAGUGUUGGAACUACACCCUGCAUCAUCGGCAAAGCAAUCAAGACGACGUACUACAAGUCGCCGAACUAUCUCGAAGUGCACGUUGACAUCUCGUCCGACACGAUCGCGAAACACAUCACUUCGCUGUGCCGCUCACAGUCAACCAACUUUACAGUGGACAUGGGCUUUGUGAUUGAAGGUCAGACCGAGGAAGAGCUUCCUGAGGCAUUGCUUGGCUGCGUGCAGUCUGCCCGCCAAGCUAAGCGUCUGGCAAAAGAGCGCGAGGCCGAGGCCCAUGCCAACGGCGACGAGGACGCAGAGUCGGAGGAAGAAGAACUGGAGGAGAAACGUCCAGCCAACGUGGGUUUUGCGUUUCUAGCGGACUCAGACGACAGCGAGAGCGACGGCGACGAAAGCGAAGAAGAACAAGAAGAUGAAGAACAAGUAGAAGAGCCGGUGGUGGCCCCGGAGCCUCUCAAGAGCAAGAAGAAAAACAAGAACAAGAAGAAAGGAGCAGGCAAUGACGAUGAGGGCGAGACACAGUCAGUGGACGACAUUCUUGACGCAUUGGCGGCCGAAUCGGGCAACUUAAGCGUGGACGAAGCUACGUCCAUUCGCAAUGAACAGGAGCAGUCGCUUUUCGGUGUGCAACUCAAGUUCGCGAACGCUGAUAAGGAGAUGAAGCGCAUUUUCGGCGUGAAAGAAGGUGGCCCAAGCACCAGCCGGAAGCGUGGAGACCCUCGCAGUGCAGCCCGAGUGAGCACGAAGAAGGUGAUGAUGGUGUCCCCCAUGGACGAAUGGCCACGUCCUCCGACGUUCGUUGGCGGUGGCAUCCGCUGGACACGAUCUAACAAACCUAAAGGCACUGGCUGGAACAGUUUGUGCAAUUAUUACGAAAUCACGUGGUCGAUCGCUUACAAAAAGUUGCAAGAAGAAUUUGAGCUUCUUCAAUGGACGCACGACCCGAAUCUCAUCGCCCACUUCUUGCAGCGUAAUCCGUACCACAUCGAUGCGUUGCUCACAAUGAGUGAAGUGUUCCAACACCACGGUCAGAUGGACCACGCUACGGACUGUAUCAAGCGGUGCAUGUACGUGUUGGAGCUGGCGUGGGCUGACCAGUUCGACGUCUCGAAGGGAAAUUGCCGUAUGGACAUUAAAACGGAGCACAACGCAGGCUUCUUCCGAGCUCUCUUCUUACUGAUGAAGCAGGUUGGACGUCGUGGAUGCAUGCGUAGCGCCUUCGAAACGGCGAAGCUGUUGCUCAGUCUGGACCCUCAAGGCGACCCGAUGAACGUGCUGUUGGCGGUCGACUACUACGCGUUGACGUCUCGUCAGUGUCAGUUUUUAAUCGACUUGUUCGACUCCAAGACUCCAGCAGUGGAUCGAUUUGCGAGCGAUGAAGCGGAGUCGAAGCAGAAAUCGAACUGGAAGAACUCGAUGGGGUCAGCGGACAGCAUCGUCGCUCUGCCGAAUCUUCAGUUCUCGCUAGCACUCGCUUAUUUUUUCAUAGGAAACGAGACCGAGGCCAAGGAGAACUUAGCUAUUGCAUUGCUCAAGUUCCCGACGAUCCUCAAGCCGCUUCUGGAGAAAAUCGCCGCCAAUCCAUCGUCUUCCUCGUGGCAACCAAUCUUGUCGAGUCGCGUGUUCGCGAAUGCUCGUAGUGUUGAUGGUGUGCUCCAACAUUUGUUGGACAUCUACGUGACCAGGAACCACUCGGUAUGGAAGGUGAAUGACGCGCAGUCGUUCCUUCUACGUAGUGCGCAACAUGCUCUUGCCUCUCCGGCAUUGGUGUCUGCAAACGCGCAGGUGCUGGAACUACCCACGUGUUUGCACAAAUACAUUCGUGCUGUCACUGCAGACUACUCGGACGAGAUCACGACGCUGCCUGCAGACCACCCGAUGUUGCAGCCCCCGCAGCUUCAGAAUGGCCAGCCGUUGGAUGCCGAGGCGCUUGCUGCACUUGCACGGGCCCAGGAGGAGUUCGAAGCGGGCAACUUGCCGGCAGACGCCAACCCGUUACUGCUGUUCCUGCAGACGCUGCUGCCUUGGAAUCACGUACAAGGCGCCGGUCAACAGCCACCGCAACCACCACAGCUUGGCGCUACGCUACGUACGGUGACACUUGCAUCGACCUUUGACAUUAAGAAAAAGCUUCAUCAGAGAUACAUGUACACAUCUCUUGCGUCGAUGUAUGAAAAACGAUUGGAUCUUGGCGUAACAAUUAUCAUCCAGGUUCCUCUUACCAAGUGUGGCCAUCCACCUGUAUUCGGAACCACCGCCAAGACGCACGACAACUAUCUCACAAACUGA